AUGAUUCGUCGUUGUUUACGUUAUUCAAAAUAUCGUUAUACUGCUUUGUUUAGUUUAGUUACAUGUACAUUGUUUCUAUUAAUGUACACAUCUUUUUCAAAUGUUCUUCGUCAUUUAUCAUAUGGACGAUUCUAUGUAUAUAGUGAUUAUGAUGAACAAACUCUAGUUGAUGAAUCGGAUCUAGUUGAAUCAAAACGACAGCAACCUCAAAUAAUACUGCCAAAUAUUCAGCUAUUAAAAGAAGAUUAUUUUAAUCUGUCACAUUUGACUUGCAAAAAUCCAAAAUUGGAUAUCGAUAGUCCUGAUAUAUGGAAAUAUUUACAACCAGUAAAAGGCGAUUUGGAAUGCGAAAAAACACACAAUUGGGUCUACAUUGAAAAUGGUACAUUUCGUUUAUCACAACAAGCUCUACAUAAACACGGUCCAAUUGUCUGUGCUUAUCGUCCAAUUUUACGCGGCAAAGAUGAUUUUAGUACAGUUGAAGGGCAACGUCUGUUUCCCGUUGUUGAUAAAAUGCCGUUAGUUAGCGACUUUUUUCGUGCUGAUUGUCGAGCACGUGAUGGAUCAAUUUACAGUAAUAUUCACAGUGGAAUCCAGUUUGAUGCUGGCUUACAUAUGAGACACAUUUGGAAUCCGAUGGUCAAAACACAUUUGGGUUAUAAUGUGCUGAUGUUUGGCUUCGAUUCGAUAUCGCGAAUGACAUUUAUGAGACUUUUACCAAAAACUUAUUCAUAUUUAAUUCAACAAUUGGGUGCCGUGGUCAUGAAAGGCUACAAUAUCGUUGGGGAUGGUACUCCAGCAGCGUUGUUACCAAUUCUGACGAGUCAAACAGAAAUGGAAUUACCUGAAUCACGCCGUGGUCACGAAGGUGCACAAACUGUUGAUCGUUAUCCAUGGAUCUGGAACAAAUUCAAAGAUAAUGGUUAUGUAACUCAGUGGGGCGAAGAUGGUCAAUCUGUGGGAACAUUUCAAAUGCGUCUGUUAGGUUUUCGCGAUCCACCCGUCGAUCAUUAUAUGCGUCCGUUUUUCCUCGUAGCUGAGUCAAUGCGUACAACGAAACCCUACUGUUUUGGAUCGGUGUCGCGCCAUCAAAACAUGCUCAAUUGGAUGCGAGAAUUCUUUGAGAUGUAUCCUAUACAACCCAAGUUUUCUUUUCUAUUUCAUUCGCAAUAUUCUCAUGAUACAAAUAAUCGUUUACCGUACGCUGAUCGAGAAUUACACGAUUUUUUAGUUCAUAUGAAUACAAAAGGAUAUUUGGAUAACACAAUGCUAAUUAUAAUGACAGAUCAUGGUGCGAGAUAUUCACAGUUGAGAAAAUCGUAUCAAGGAAAGCUCGAAGAACGUCUUCCAUUCAUGUCUAUUCGAAUGCCUCCGAUAUUUCAUAAAAGAUAUCCACAUUUAAUUAGAAAUUUAAGAUUGAAUUCUCACCGUUUAACCACUCCAUUCGAUAUUCAUGAAACGUUUUUGAAUUUAUUCAAUUUUCAAGAUGACAGCGAUUAUCGUCCCAAAUCAAAUCGUUCUUAUUCGCUAUUUCACCCGAUACCCGAUAAUCGUACAUGUGAAAGUGCUGCCGUCGAGUCACACUGGUGUGCUUGUUUACAAUGGACACCGAUUGUCGAUUAUCAAACUCGUCCACUUAUACAAAAAAUUAGUCAAGCUGUUGUCGACUAUUUGAACUCGUAUUUAUCUGAUGUUCGAAAUGAAUGUGCUCAGCUCAAGCUCUUCCAAGUACACAAAGCUCAAGAAUUAGCUGCUAAUGACAUGAUGUUGAAAUUUGUUAAGUCGAUCGAUAAAGACGGACGUGUGCCAGGAUUUAAUCCACAAUCAAAUAUUACUGUCGAAAAACAAGUUCGUAAAGAUCAACGAAUGCCAUUGUAUCAGCUUCAAUUAGAAACCAUUCCUGGACACGGACAAUUUGAAAUCACUGUUGGGCACGAUGUCCUACAAGAAACGUUUGAUAUUCAAAAACGCCGUUUGUCAAGAAUCAACAAAUAUGGACGCGACUCAGAAUGCAUAGCGCGUAAACGGCCCGAAUUUCGUGAAAUAUGUUAUUGUGAUAAAUUUGUAACAAAUAAAAAACGGAUAAGUGUGUGA